AUGGACGUGGACGCCAAGGAGAAGAGCUCCCCAGCUCCGUCGGUCGAGCCAAAUGGGCCCAAUCACGACAUCAGGUCUGCUGACGAGCACUCGGAAACUCACAAGACAGAGGUGAACGGCGACGAGAAGGACAAAGGUGCCGUGGAGCUUGGACAGAAGUCGGCCAAUGCAAAGGAUCCGUCGAGGCCGAGGAGGAAAAAGGCGCGUAGGGCAUGUUUUGCUUGCCAGCGGGCGCAUUUGACUUGCGGUGAUGAGAGACCGUGUCAGCGGUGUAUUAAGCGUGGGUUGCAAGAUGCAUGUCAGGAUGGUGUCCGGAAAAAAGCGAAGUACCUCCAUGAUGCACCUGAUGGGGCUUUGAUGCCGGGAAUUGGCGGAAGCUUCUACAACAAUCCCAUGCGCAACAAUAGCCUGCCGCUCUCGAGGAACGGCGCCAACGCAGUCAAUGCGGCUGCACCGCAAAAUUCCGGGGCCAGUUUCUAUCCAACCCCCCAAUCCACGUCCUACAAUGUUUACCAGGAAAACCCCAUGAACCAGACUUCGUUCCCUUCGCAGUCACCCGUAUCACCGUCCUUUAACCUCAAAGCCACUCCGACCGUUCGAAACAAUAGUCUAUCUUCCUCAGUCAACCAACAACAGCAAACGAAUACGAGUACUUCGGGUCCGUCUACACAGAACCCCAAUCCCUUCGCCGGUCCGUUCUUCGAUCCCAGCGAUCCUGCCCUAUUUAAUUUCGACCUUUCUAGCAUGAACUUCGAGAACAGGUACGGUGCGCUGGAGUUCGGUAUGCUCGGACACAUGGCGACAGGCGCCGGGGAUUCGCCUAGCGAUUCAGCUACGCAGCGAGGGUCUAUGGGCCGCAGUGGUUCUGCGCAAUAUGCUUCCACUCCUAUCACUGGAGGGCCGGGGUUCGGUGAAAGUCCCGGCAAUCAGCAGCCGUUUAUGUUCGGUGACCCACUUCUGAAUGAAUGGCCGAGCAGCCAGGCGCCGGGACAGACGCAUGUUACCGUUCCUAGCGUCUAUCCCCAAUCCAGUCAAGGAAAUGUGAUACCUGGACACUUGUCCAAAGCCGAUGCGCCGCAUGCGUUUGCGAUUGAAAGCGGUCCGGUUCAUUUCAACAGCCCUGGCGCAACCACCAGUCCUCUGCUGACGAGCGGCUUCGAAGAGUCUCCCUUUGGCACUGCGGUUGCCACCAAGGCUAAUGGUAUGGCUCCGAUCAAUCAACGACCCGCCAUAACGACACCCAGCCUGAAGCAUCAGAAUCUGCAUGUGGGAGUGCGCCGACGACAAAGGAAUCCGUCCUCGAUAUACGAGAGCGUCAAGGAACCUUACGCAUAUACCAGUCGCUUUCACAACCUUACUGCCUUCAUUCAGCGGCGGUUCAGUCCGCAAAAGACCCUACAAAUUGCCAAGGCGCUGGCAUCAAUUCGACCCUCGUUCAUUGCGACAACGAAAACGUUGAAUAGAGACGAUCUCAUCUUCAUGGAGAAGUGCUUCCAGAGGACGCUGUGGGAAUACGAGGACUUUAUCAACGCGUGCGGUACGCCUACGAUCGUGUGCCGUCGAACGGGCGAGAUUGCGGCGGUGGGCAAAGAGUUCAGUAUUUUGACUGGAUGGAAGAAGGAUGUGCUUCUGGGCAAGGAACCCAACCUUAAUGUGAACACGGGGGCCACUUCGGGCCCAAAUUCCGGGACAUCCUCGCGCAGCUUCACUCCGCGCGGGUCGGCGGGCGAGAAUUCAUCAACCCCAGGGCGGCCGCACCCUGUUUUCCUGGCAGAGUUGCUGGAUGACGACAGUGUGGUGCAAUUCUAUGAAGAUUUCGCCAGACUAGCUUUUGGGGAUUCGCGUGGCAGCGUGAUGCGAACGUGCAAGUUGUUGAAGUACAAGACGAAAGAGGAUAUGGAGUUGGCAUCGGAGGAUAACCAACGCUGGAAUAAUCACCUGCGCAAGGGUGGAAUCGCCAGCGAGGCGGGCAUGAACCAGCUCGGUUUCAAGGAUGGCAAGGUUGAAUGCGCCUACUGCUGGACAGUAAAGCGUGAUGUGUUUGACAUUCCGAUGUUGAUCGUGAUGAACGUGAGUUUCCCUACCCGCCCCCGACUCUGGAUUAGGGCUAAUGCACCUGCAGUUCCUUCCAUGCAUUUAACUUGCGCGUGA